GGCGGGACUUUCCUCCAAGCAGGAAGUGUGACGUAAGGUUUGUUUUGUUGGAACAAAGCGACAGAGGCGACCCAAAAUGGGGGAAAACGUUGAGGAUUUCAAGCUUAUAUUUGAGAAAGAGGGGGUGUACCUCCACACAAAUGCCAAGAGGAGUAACCAGGAGACCAGCAUACCAGGGUUUGUCCGCAUCGUGGAGCGGGCUGGCGUCCCGGCUUUAGAGUGGAGCCCACUGGAGGAUGAGGGUCGCAGCGCUCCGGCUGUGCUUUACACCAAAAAGGAUGAUGAAGCGGGGGAGGAAGAAGCAAACUUUGACCCUGGGUACGAGCCRGACUGGGCUGUUAUCAGCAACGUGAAGAAAGAUUCGAAUCACGUGUCCGUGAGAAAUUCAGGUCAGUGGGCUUUCUCUCUGCCGCUCUCAGAGCUCUACUCUCUCCGAAGGUCCCGGUUCUCCUUGGGUCGAAACUUUYUAGUGCUGACCAGCAAAGGUGGCCACCCACUCCCCCCUCUGCACUUCCACAGAGGGGGAACCAGGGAGCUGCUGAGGGCUCUCCACCGUUACAUCGUCCUGGAGCAGUCGCCUGUUGACGGGCGGCUCUUCCUCGCCUGCCUGCGUGACCCGAACGCCGCCGCUCAGCCCUUCGACAAGCUGCAGUUUUUAGAUGACGGUGGCUCCGAUAUCGUCAUGAGGUUUAUCCAGGACCCGUACGCCACCACGUUCGGUGGAUUCUCCAAAGUCACUAAUUUUUUCCGGGCGACUCUUCGGCCUCCAGAGACCCCCGUCCCGCGGGGCUCCCAGCCGUCGCAGUGCGACGACGAACCCGAGUUUGAACUCAUCACCUGCGGUGUGGAGCUCGGUCCCAGGCCGGGGGUCACCAGGGGGAAACCUCUGGACAAAUGGGAGGACUUCCUGGACUCCGAGGGCCGCGUGAUGGACCAAGAGAAGAUUAAAGAGCUGGUGUUCAGAGGGGGCAUCGUUCCAUCUCUGAGGAAGGAGGUGUGGAAGUUUCUCCUGGGUUUUUACCCCUGGAACAGCACUGCAAAGGAAAGGGAGAGCAUCCUUCAGGACAAAACGAACGAGUACUUCAGGAUGAAGGUGCAGUGGAAGUCGGUCAGUGAAGAGCAGGAGAUGMGGAACUCCCUCCUCAGAGGAUACAGAAACCUGAUUGAGCGGGACGUGAACAGGACGGACCGACACAACACCUUCUUCUCUGGGAACGAUAACCCAGGACUGGCCCUGCUUCACGACGUGCUCAUGACCUACUGCAUGUACAACUUUGAUCUGGGUUAUGUUCAGGGGAUGAGCGACCUCCUGGCUCCCAUCCUGUUUGUUACUCAGAACGAGGUGGUGUCUUUCUGGUGUCUGACGGGCUUCAUGGACCUGGUGCACCAGAACUUUGAGGAGUCUCAGGAGGCCAUGAAGAAGCAGCUCUAUCAGCUCAGUGUCCUGCUGAAGGCUCUGGACCCGGAGCUGUUUGACUUCCUGGACUCUCAGGACAGCGGCUCUCUUUGCUUCUGUUUCCGCUGGCUGCUCAUCUGGUUCAAGAGAGAGUUUUCCUUCGAGGACAUCCUCACGCUGUGGGAGGUCCUCUGGACUCGUCUGCCYUGCGACAACUUCCACCUCCUGAUCGCCUGCUCCAUCCUGGAGUCGCAGAGAGGAGAGCUGAUCGGCUCCGAUCACGACUUCAACACCAUUCUGAAGCACAUUAACGAGCUGACGAUGAAGCUGGACCUGCAGGGGAUCCUGUGCGAGGCCGAGGCCAUUUAUCAACAGCUGCUUUGCUGCAAGGAGCUCCCUCUGAAGGUGCAGCAGGUCCUGGGCCUCUACGACCCGUCCAGCUCCGAGGAGAGCAGCCCCGGAUCGCAGAGCGGAGAGGCACAGCACCGCCUCGACCAAUCAGAGGCAGCAGCUGCUUCGUCACACGUCCCCUCGCGUCAUUAGACCCUCAGAGGACGGAUGUCAUGAAGGAUGGUGUUUAUAUAAUUAACUCUUUAAGGACAGGACGGUUGUUACUACGUGUCACAGACAGGGGGYGCUGUUGUAUCUUUAGGUUUAACUCAAUGAUGUUUGAACAUUAAUGCAGAGCUGAAGAUCCUCCCGAUGUUUGUUUCUCCUCCUCUUGAUGCUGCUCCUUAUUAAACAAUUUUUUUGUUUUGUUUUUGAUAAGGGAAGAAGAUUAAACUCUCUUGUUUUGAUGCCAUUCCACUCCUAUGCAGUGUCUGUGCAUGUCUCCUGGUGUUUACACAGUGAUGUUUUAAUCCUUUGAAUCAUUUGUAAAGUGACUCGGCAUUUUCCCCUGCAGAUUACCAAAUAAAUGUUUGACUCUGACCCAAGGAGGCCACGAGAUUCA